AUUGAGUUUUCCAAAGUUCAUUUAAAAAAUACGUACAAACAUCUUGCAACCACAAUUUUGGUUGCUAGAAAUCAAAAUCAGCUGUCUCGGAGAAUUUUACUUUUCGCUGAAUUUUGCAAUAUGGCAUUUCGAUCCACUUCCCUCUUUAAUAAAUUCGGUGUAAUUUUUACUCGACAAUAUAGCGUAGCCGUGGGAUUCUCUUACGCCUUCAAGCCAUGGAGUCGAACUUAUCCUCUAAAAAUACCAACAAAUGUGCGACAAUCACAUGAACAGAGCAAAAAAGCUGGAAAAUAUAAACUUGUAAUGAUUCGUCAUGGUGAAUCAGAAUGGAACAAGAGCAAUCAAUUUUGUGGUUGGUAUGAUGCUGGGCUUAGUGAAAAAGGUAUGAAAGAGGCACAAUCAGCUUCAAAAGCUUUAAAGCAAGCUGGUUUUAAAUUUGACGUCGCUCACACCUCCGUCCUCAGUCGUGCCAUAAAUACAUUGGAUAUAAUACUGAAAGAAAUUGGACAAACGGAUAUUCCCAUUUGCAAAACAUGGCGUUUAAAUGAACGUCAUUACGGCGGCCUUACCGGUUUGAAUAAGGCAGAAACAGCAGCUAAGUAUGGCGAAAAGCAAGUAAAAAUAUGGCGAAGGAGUUUUGCAACCCCACCACCACCCAUGGAAAAAGAUCAUCCAUAUUACGAUGCAAUCGUUAAUGAUGAACGUUAUGUAAAUGGUCCCACAAAGAAGGAAUUUCCAAUGUUUGAAUCACUCAAACUAACAAUAGAUCGUACAUUGCCCUACUGGAACGAUACCAUCGUACCACAAAUUACAGAAGGAAAACUAAUUCUAAUUUCUGCACAUGGGAAUAGUCUGCGCGGUAUUGUAAAACAUUUGGAUAAUUUAUCCGAAGAUCAAAUUAUGGCGCUAAAUUUACCAACUGGAAUACCAUUUAUUUAUGAACUAGAUGAAUGUCUCAAGCCUGUGGUAUCUAUGAAAUUUUUAGGGGAUGAAGAUACGGUGCGAAAAGCAAUGGAUGCAGUUGCUGCACAAGGAAAGGCUAAAUAAGCCAAUCCAAAGGAUGAUAAACUCAAGCAGGACAGCAAACCAUUUAAAUUUUAGAAAAUAUUGAACUAAUGCAAAUACUGAACAUACUAAACAAAAUAAAAAAAUAGAAUGAAUAAUUCA